ACGAGUCAUCGACGCUCAUGCCUCCCGCUCACCUGAAAGUCGACGGUCCUCGCUCAGCGUUCAGUCGGUUCAAGUCGUGCACCACGAAGCACAGAGCCAGCCGGACAGCAGCGCACGUUAUCGGUCGCAAACCGAUGACAGCGGUAUAUUUCCGUCCGUAAAACCGCGAAGAAGAAGAAUAUAAUCGACGAACAUAUCCGGUCGCCGGUCGGCCGAUCGUUUGUGGGGAGCGGAGUGUCGGUUGGUGUUCAAUUUUACGUAAAUACAUAUACGAGUAGUCACGUAACUAUACAUAUAUAAGUAUACAUUGCAGCAGUGUGGUGCCGAUUCGCCGAUCGCCGAUCGCCGAUCGAUCUAUUGUUAUGUCAUACUCCCACGCGCCACGUACCUUGUGCUGCUGACGGGCGUUGCACAAGGGACCGACAUUUCCGCAAAAGUUUAAACAAUUUAAAACCGCGCGCUUCGAGAAAUCGGCAGGGUAUAUUUUAUAUUAUUCUGCAAUCGGUCGUCUGCUGGGAUAUCGCAAGCCGGAAUUCGAGCCACGGUUUUUUGGUUCGACAGCUCGCGCUAAAACUCAAGGCGAAUUUAUGUACCGAGGUGUGUGACGUUUUUGAAAGGUGCGCAACCGGGACUGAGAUAUAUAGCGUUGACUUGUCAAGGUAGAACAGCGGAUCUCUUGGUACAUACGUAUAUUAAACUGUUGUACGCCGCACGGCGCGCCGUAUUACGUAUACGUACCUGUAAUUCGACUACGAAUUAUAAAUCGUUUGUUAAAAAUAUCAUUGAAUUAAACGUAACUGCCUAAAUCGUGCCUUCGGUAUAAACCUAAAUAUCCGUACAAUAUACGAGUGCAAUGUAACUGAUUGUUGUAUACAGAAUGAUAGUGUGACGCUUAUUUCGUAUUUCAAACGAGUACGUAAUAUAAACAGAUCUCGGCCUCUUGAUGGCCCGUUAAUUUUGUAUAAUACUUAUACGUGGUGAUAAAGUAAAAUAUUGAUCAAGACGCAGAGCGAGACUUUGGAAUCUUUUUAAAAAAUAAAGUGAUAUCAAGCAAUAUUCUUUCAGAGACAAAUAUCUCAAAUUUGAUCGCCGAUUCUUGUUCGGCUGUUAUACGUGCGCUUAAUUGGCUUCUGCGUACGGGAUAGUGAUUAUUAUUCCAAGGCGCCAACAACAAAUGUUUACUAUUGAAUCUAGGCAAGAAAACGACGCUACCAGUCCAAUGACUUCGUCACUUUUGACAACGAAUUAAAAACCAUCGAACGUUUAUCAGUGAAUAUCAGUACAACACGUGUUGUUAUAAUACGGUGAAAGGUUCGAUUUUAAACCUAAACUGACGAUAAAUUUAAAGCUAUAUUAAUUAUUUCACAGGUAAAGAAAAUUGAUCACCGUUAAAGAAAUACCAAAACGUAUCAUCGUUUCAAGUGCAGAUACUCAAAUCAAGAGAAGAAAUUUGAAAGAGUGACAUGUGUGUUAUAUUCGGGACGAUGUCGCGAAGGUAGAGGUGAAGUUUCAGUGAACAAAGAUCACGACUCGAUGUUGUAAACUGUUCCCCAGUGAUAUUUUUUCACCCAAUAUUAAUCGCUUGUGCAGCGAUUUAAAUACGCGGUCCGUAAUCACCGGCUAUAAUAACCAAAGAGCGAAUCCGGUGGCGCGGCUACGAUUCGCGCCGUGAAAUGACACGGUUUAUACGUAAUAAUAAGUGCAGCAGCGAUGAGGACAAAAACGAUAUUGUAAUAAAAAAGUGUAUAAACUUGUGAAAUGGAUGGUACGUCACGGAAAAGCGAAGCAGUCUUAAUAUAUGGAUGCCCAUGGGUGGAAUUUGGCCGAAAUGUGCCAGCGCUACCAUCAAGCUGUCCCCGCCGUCCAAAAUUCUUCGACAGCUAGAGACGCCGCGGCCGCCAUUGUGGGCGCACCCGUCUCGACGCACCUCGAACAGGCCAGCCCUUCUUACACGCACUACACUAUGCUGGACAACUACGACAGGAGCGAAUUGACCCCUCCGCCUGUAACCAGCUACGGAGGAUCUCCGGGUCUCCUGGCUCUUCAUUCUUCUCUCUACGCCACCCCGACGUCCAGGGCCUACGAUAUCGACGCCGGAAUCGACGCCAGCGAGAGUCCGAUGCCAGUUGACGCCCAGAUAAUACCAAUUCCGAGCAUGCUGAGCGGCCAGGCCCAGCAGCGCUUGGAGGAUAUGUCCUGGCUGGCAUCAGGACCACCACUCGACUAUCAGCAGGGUAUUCCCUCGAUGCAGUCCGGGGUGAAAAUGUGCCAUCCGGGAAGUUCCGCCCAACGGAGCCUGAAGGAGCAGCGCAUACGGAGGCCCAUGAACGCUUUCAUGGUGUGGGCGAAGGUUGAGCGAAAGAAAUUGGCCGACGAAAAUCCUGACCUCCAUAACGCCGACCUCAGCAAGAUGCUCGGAAAGAAAUGGCGGGGCCUUACGCCGCAGGACAGGCGGCCUUACGUCGAGGAAGCGGAGAGGUUGAGGGUGAUACACAUGCAGGAACAUCCCAACUACAAGUACAGACCACGUCGCAGAAAACACGCGAAGCGAGCCCCGGGGGCCCCGGCCUCACCACCUACCGCAACAAACGCCCCUGGUUCCAGACCCAACCCCGCUGGGCCCACGAUUCAUCAUUCCAUGACUAAAAUGGAUAACUAUCAAAGCAUGCCGCAAAUGUCCUGGGGAGGGCACUCGCCUAUCGCGUCUCUCUAUCAUCAGCAACAACAACAACAGCAACAGCAACAGCAACAACAACAACAACAACAGCAACAGCAACAGCAACAGCAACAACAGCAACAACAGACAAUGCAAGAGUACAAGUCAGAAAAUAACUCAAUCUAUGGAAGUCCUUAUACACCGAUCAUCCACUCGCCAGAUAUUUCACCCGUCGCCAGUCCUGAACCAGAUGGCGAUGGGACACACCUUUCUUCGACACAAAAUCCAGACCCAGAGAGAGACUUAAUGGAGGGCACAUCCAAGCAGCACAACGAUCAUGAACAGGCAAAGCAGCGAUAUGCUUUCAUGAGUGGGGACAGUCAAUUACAUCCCGCUCACAGCGUUGCCAACAUAUCGUCCUGCCAGAACACCGGCAUCUACACGGAUACUCUGACAUACAAGAAAUCCGUGAGCUACCUGAACUUCGAAAGGCAAACUUCGAGUAUAGCAGCGAUUGGAAUAGCCAACGGAAUGAUGGUAUCAUGUAACAAACUGCGAUCAGGUUUUGAGAAUGUCGGAUCUGUUACGGGAACAUUUUACCCACCAGUCGCUUCACCGCAUGACCAAUCAAUGCACUACAGUAAUAACCAGUCAACAAAAUCGAAUAAUUAUCCGAUGCAACCUAACGUUGAAAAUAAUUACAACCCAUGCAACAAUAGGCAACAAUCGAUUGGAAUACGCGGAUCUUCAGAUAUUUGCUCAAACGUCUCCCACAGAUACUCUCAAAUGUCUCAUCAUCAAGAUUACUCGUCGGAAGGCGGUUCUGGUCAGCAGCCAGUGAUCAUGGGGCACUUGGAUCCGGGCAUGGGGGAGGAUGAAGAAGACCAAGCCCUGCAACUUGAAAAAUAUUUCAAGUAUCCGCACCCGACGUCAGUAGCUCAUUCCAGUUUAUCUUCCCAAAAUCUUAUGGACAAUAAUCACAAUUAUGCUAGCGACUUGCGAUACUAUGCACCCCAGCAAAGUCAACUAGAUCUCUCGAAUGCCCAAUGCGUUGUUGACGAUCCAAAUAAGGAUAAUCAAUGCUCUAGCGUCAGUAUCGGACAUUCAAUGGAGCAGUACCACCAGAGCAUGGAAGCUGCUAAAUACAACGAACAACAACACCAACACCAUCAGCACCAGCAACAACAGCAGCAGCAGCAGCAGCAACAGCAACAGCAACAACAACAACAACAACAGCAGCAGCAACAACAACAGCAACAACAGCAAAUUUCUCAACAAAAUCAAAGUGUCGAGCAUGUGUCAAAGUCAGAUGAUGAUUUUAGCGUUAUUCUGGCUGACGUUCGCAAAACAUGCUACAGUAGUUAGGUUCUAUAAAUUUUCUUAGUAUGGUCACGGAUUCAGAACGAACUUGAUGCAUUGUGUGAAAUAGAUCAUGCUUGGUAUAUUUUAUAACAUACUUGUCAUCAAAGCUUACGCUGACCUCAGACUUCCGAAGACACGUGGAUUGGUCUGAUCACGAAAGAAAAAAAUCGAAUGGAUAUAGGAUUCAAAAAAGCACCGGGUGAUAAGAAAUGGAAAGAGUACAGGUAUAGUUCUGAAAAGUAAAAUGACUGAGUUUUUGAAUUCUUCUUCUUCUUCUUCCCCUGAUUCAGCUUCGUCGAAAAUUGGAUAUGACCAUGUUUUUACUCUGUCGGCAUAGCAGGUUUGUCAUUGUCGUAAUUUUACUGAAUUUUCCAUCAAGUUUGUGCUCCAAUCACUGGUUUAUCUUAUUCACGAAAUUCGUGCAAUAGAUACCCUGACAAUUUUCUCUUCACGUUUGUUAGAUCGAGCAUGUAACAUGGCGCCACGAUUGGUGGAAAGUACGCGUAACCCAUUUACAGAUUAGAAACGACAGCGUGACCUCAACCUCGAAGCGAGAGUUCUCGAGGAUACUGCAAUGAGUCGAGGGCGAUCCUUGAGCCACAAAACUUGGUAGAAAAUUGUACAAAAGUUGAAAGGUUAUUGGAGAGUGAAGCCACGGCAACGGCCCUGAUUUAUAUUCAUCUAUAUAUCGAUUGUUUCAUUCUGGUAAGUAGUAUUAGCACUGAUUAGACGAAGUUAUGAUCAAAUCAUUAGCUUGAAUUAUUCUUAUAAAGUAAAACACCUAUACAUAUAUCCCUCGUAAUAUUAUUAUUAUUAAUAUUAUUAUUAUUAUUACUAUUAUUAUUGUUAUUAGUGUGAAAUUAAAAUGCAAAGUGAAGAUAAUUAGAUAGACUGUAAGCAAUGAUCGGGAAAGUCAAACUAUUAGAAAAAAAACGAAUGGAUGAAAAAUUGAAUUAAAUCUUUCAUAUACAUAAUUGUGAUACAGGUAGACAUUUUUUCCGCUAAGACUGUCUCUCGCGCACUGUUUUUCGCUCGAUGAAAUUCGGUAAAUGACGGUGAAAAAUUGGUAUAACUUAUUAUAUUAUAUAAUAGACUGAUAUAUUCGAGAUGACGAAUCAGUACAGCGAAUCAAGUGUAAGCUUGCCAGACUUUGAAGGACGGAAAAUAGUGCUAGGAAACAUUCUUAGGAAUGAAUCAAAAAUUUAUUCGUAAAAUAUUAUAUUUUCUAAACUGGCCAAACUGUGGCUUGCCACGGAUUCAGUGUCUCAUGCGGAGAAGGUUCACGCUACUUCUUAAAAUUCGGUAUAAUUUGAUUCUCUGUUGUUCGUAUAAUUUAUUAAAAGGAAACAAAUUCGUCCGUGAUAAUCACGACUUGAAAUGCUUGAAUGAAUACUUGAUUUCAUUCCUGACAGCUACGAUUCAUCAACUCUUAUACAACUGCUGUGAUCCUUGGGUUUUUCUUAUUAGCGAACGCGGAAUUAAGCUUCCGAGUACUCAUUUGCAAUAUCACUCCACAAUUCGGCCAUGUUGGUUCACUUCCAUUUACGCAUUCAUGAACGGCGAACGUGACUAACUGUAAGUUUUGAGAAUUAUUUGUCAGCCGUCAGUAUCAUGAGUUGCCUAGUUUGAACUGUGGUUUCGCUAAAAUCUUAUUUUCAUUAUAAGUAAAGUAAAAAAUAUACCUAGAUAUACAUAUAGAGAAAAGAUUGUUAGACAAAAAUUAGACGCUGUACUAGAUUGAUAAUUAUGUACGAAAACGAGGCAUGCGUAGAUUUUACAAUAUAUACUGUAUUUUUAAAAAAAUAAACAAUAUUUUCACCGAGCAUAUACGCGCGUGUAAAAUUUUUCUUUCUCCGAUGGAUUAAAUGAGACAUGCUGAGCUUGGGACAAGUAAAACUAAAAAAAAAAA